GUAGUUCUUAAACUUCCGGCUGGAGUCCGGCGUAGCACAGGGCUAAGCUAACUAGCUAACCUUCUGAGCUGCAGACCUCCUGCUGAUCUUCACCAGGCUUUAGGAUCUUCUAUCCGUCUCUGGAUGUUGAACGUCCGGGCUCUGCUUGGGAUCGGCUUUCUGGUGACCUCGCGAGCCGCGGCUUCUCUCUCUCAGACGGGGACAUGUUCUUCUUCUGCUGCAGCUGACCUCCACAAGAAGAACUGUUUCAGCAGCCGACAAGCAUCUACGAUGGCCCACGCUGUCAAAUACCUCGGGCAGGAGGAGGCCCAGAAGAUCGACGAGGAGCUCUUCAGUGAAUACGGCUUCAGCGUGGAUCAGCUGAUGGAGCUGGCUGGACUCAGCUGCGCCACCGCCAUCACACGGGCGUACCCGCUCUCUUCUCUGGUCAAAUCCAAGCCUUCUCUGCUGGUCAUCUGUGGACCAGGAAACAACGGCGGCGACGGUCUGGUCUGCGCUCGACACCUCAAGCUGUUUGGUUAUGAGCCCACCAUCCUGUACCCUAAGAGGCCAAACAAACCGCUGUUCCAAGGUCUGACCACGCAGUGUGAGAAGAUGGAGAUCCCCUUCCUGACCGAAAUGCCAGAGGCUGAGGUCAUCGAUGAAGCGUACAACCUGGUGGUCGACGCCAUCUUCGGCUUCAGCUUUAAGGGAGCCGUGCGAGAACCUUUCGGUUCCAUCCUGGAUGUUCUGAAGAAGACCACGGCCCCCAUCGCCAGCAUCGACAUCCCAUCAGGCUGGGAUGUGGAGCAGGGCAGCGCAGACGGCCUCCAGCCCGACACGCUGAUCUCUCUGACGGCGCCCAAGAAAUCCGCCUCCUCGUUCCGAGGACGCUACCACUUCCUGGGAGGACGCUUCGUCCCGGCGGCCUUGGAGAAGAAGUACCAGCUCAGCCUGCCUGCGUACCCCGGCACAGACUGCGUGCUGCAGCUCUGAGAGCAACAUGCAGCAUCCACUGGGUUUCUAACAGACUCCUGAGUCUAGAUCCGCUGGGCUCUGGUUCUUCAGUUUCUUUUCGGUUUGGUCGAUUUCUCACUCACUUUCUGGGUCCCUUCUGGUACCUGAGGAAAAUAAAGCUUCUCUAAA